GGGCAGGGGGAGCCGCGCUCGGAUCGGUGGGCGGUGGGGGGGGAGCAGGGCGCGCUUGGAAGGCACCACUUCGUGGCGGCGGGGGAUGACCGAGGGAUUCUGGGAGCGGCCGGAUCCCAGCCGAAGGGGCAGGACUGUCGUUCACAGGCUAGUUACCUACAUCUUUGUGUAUGAAGACCUGAUAUCCUUGACCUGUGGUGCCGUUGUCAUCUGGUAUUUUGCUGGCAGCUUUGAGAAGAACGUUGGCACGGUGAAACACUGCUUCUUCACCCUUGUGUUUGCCGUCCUGGCUGGCCUCCUGUACCUCUUACUUGAAGCUGUUGUUUCGAGGGUGUCAGAAGUGGAAGAUGCCAAAGGAUUCAUGCCUGUAGCUUUUGCUACACUGAGUGUGUCAACCACCCGCUCACGAAUGAAGCGGGCUCUUUUCUUUGGAUUUAGAGUUCCAGUGGUGCUAGUGCCAUGGUUUCUGCUUUUUGUUGCGUGGUUUAUCCCCCACUCUUCUCUCCUGAGCAACCUGUGUGGGCUCCUAAUUGGGAAAGCCUAUGGUCUUGGCUACUGUUUCUGCUUGGAUCUUCCAGAGUCAGUGGCCUCUAAGCUGGAUCAGAGGUUCCCUUUUGCUGUGUUAAAGAGAAUACCAGGGCUAAAAUACAUCCCGGGGUCCUCAGCUGAGAGAAGAGCCACUGAGAGCAGCAAGAUUACCCCACUGCCUGGCACAUACCCCACCCAAAGGUACUACUGCUCUUCACCUCCAACUCUUCCAGCCUCCCAGAUGCAGCACCUUGGUGUUCAGAGCCAGAGGUUUCAGGACAGCUGCACACCAGGAUUUGGCCAUGCUUUGGGACACGUGGGAUCUCAGCACAGCUAUGCAAGAUACAGCCUUGCUUCUUCCCCCUCCCAAGCCAGAGGUGCCUCUGCAGAUUGCUGCAUUCAGUCCCACACUGGAGCCUUGCCUGGACAGUGCUGCCAGACAGGCAAGUUCUCUGUGCCACAGCAGGUGUGCCUGUCUGGUGCUCAGGCACCUGUCGACCUGGACCUCCUGACUGGGGUUAAGCAAGCAUCAGGGGAUCCAGAAGCCUCAGCAGCUCCUGUUCCAGCUGAAUUUUCAAAAGUUCAGGUGUACUGAUCCUCCAGAAAGCAGCAGGACUCGUCUAGCGUGGGAAGGCGAUGUGAUGCUCACGGAGCAGCAAUUGCUGGCAUUGUUGCUGUCUCUGGGGUGACUACCUAAAUGGAUUACUUUAUUUCCUUUUAAUUUUGAUACUUCUUUUAGCAUUGUGGAGGGAAGGGGACUGGAUUGCCUCUCCACGUUUCUAAUUCUAUUGAAAACUUUUUGUCUUGUGGUGUUUAGCAGCCUUCUUUUUCUACACAAUAACUACAGUUACAGAGCCUCUGUUCUCUGAUUCAAGGUAAGAUGGAAGCUGAUAGUCAAAACACUGGACUAAUCUGGUAUUGAACCAUGCUGCAUGGAAUACAUCCCAUCUGCACCAAGGCUCUUAGCUUCCUAUCUUGUUUACAUGUGUGAUGUAGUUAGGACAGAAAAGAAGGUGGAAGCAUGGAAGCCUUAGUUUAUAACUUAGCAUUUGAGUGAAAAAGUCUGUUUCACUAGUGACUCCUCCAUUGACAGUACGCUUUGAAGGGGGCUUAUUAAGGCAAGGCUGGGACAAGGAGAACAGAAUACAGAGCACCUUUUUCUGUUCCCUAAAACCCAUCUCUUAAAUACUGAAGUGCAGUCUGUGCACUCAACACAUUGUCUCUGUUAUCUCCGAUAGCUCCACACUCCGAUAGCUCCACACUCCAUCCCACUCCUGAUUGUUUCACCCCUCCCUGGGAUGACAGAUGGACUUGGUUUCACAGUUCCAUUUUUCCUGCACUGCUAUCAACAAUUUCAUUGUUAAGUGUUUUGCGUGCAGCACGAACAGGAUGAGGCUCUUGUUUGGAAGUUAAAAGGAUGUUUUCAAUACCAGGAAAGAACUGCUAGAGAUAAUCAUUGAAAUGUUGAUAUUCCACUCUAGUGCCUUGAUUUUCCUCCUCAUGAGAUCUACAUAAACUUGCGAAUUUUAUCACUGUUUCCAGAAACGUGCAGAAAAUACAGUAGAGUGAUGAGGACUGUUUGCAAUGGUAAAUGUUGUGUAUGAUCAAACUGAAAGCUUGAAAUACAAUCUGGAAGACAAA